GUAACACCCUCCUUUAUUGUUACAUGUUUUUCUCCUUGUUGUUGACAAAAAUAUGUUAUUUAAAUGUGAUAUUGCAAGAUUGUUGUUAAAUAGACCACCAUAUGGGAAAAAAAUACAUGAAACAACAAGACUAAAAAAAUGCCUAAAACUAUUGGUAGUAAUAGUGAAAACAUAUCGCCAAAUGCAUCAAAAGAUACAAAUCAUUUUUUCCAAGCAAGUGAUAAGCCUGAAGAGUUUGCUGAAAUCACCAAUAUAAACUUUGUUCGUCGUAAACGAAUACAUUGGCCAUUUCUCUUGUGGUUGUAUCUAAAAACGCUUGGAUUAUAUCAUAAAGCACCAUUUGUCACCGUCCGUCGAUGUGCGAGAUGCAAAGAAGUCGGUCAUGAGCAAUUCACCACAUCUCAGUCAUUCAAGUUGUUUCAUUGCGAUAUUUGUGAAAGUUUCUUGUGGGAUCACGAAGGCGUGGUGUCGUAUAUCACAGACCGUGAUAUUGGCGCAUCCAGGUUAAACCACAAGUUCAGUUUCUUCCUCUCUAACUUUUGGUUGUUUCUCAUACUGCUUUCCACCGUUUUGUUGUUUGCUGUGGAUUUUAUAAGAUAUGAAGACCACAAUGACGACCUUGUAGAAACGAUAUCAACGUUAUGCAUCCAAGGUUUAUUGACGGUGCCAGUGCUGUGUGUCUGUGCUUGUAAUUUGCAUUCAACUUGGCCGCAGUGGGCACCAGGUGGAUGGGCGGCCGCAUUAGGGCCAGUGUUUUUAGUGCAACGUUUGCGAUGGGUGAACAUGAGAAAAACUAGAGUGGCCGGGUAUGUUUUGUUUUUCUUAAGCAUUUUGUUUAUAACUUUGCAAUGCACUCGCUUAACGCAGGACUUAUACGCAUAUGGCAAGCACGUAACGUACAUCACACCCAUAGACUAUUUCACUGUAUCCAUUGGUAUUUUCAAUUUCGCCGGUAUAGCUUUUGUUGUGUAUCUGCUGCGUCGAAGUUUUGAAAAAGAAGUGCGUCUGGUCUGCAAGUUUACCCGGCAGCACAUACUUGAUAUGGAUAUAUGUCGGCAAAGAUUAGCCGAAGCUUUUGAUACAUUUCAUAAAUUCCGGGAAUUUACGUCGGGCUGGAUGUCGAUGAAUGUUACUUUCGCCGUCGUCUCUUUCUUACUUGAAAUUCAUGUGUGGAUCACAGCAACAAAACCAAUGCCGUACUUUCGCUACGAGCGGUUGAUUUUUCUUUCGGCUUGUUUCAUACUCCCGAUAUUGGCUGUCGGAAACGUGAGCGUGGAUUACUUGUGGAAUCGAAUGAUUCGGAUGAUCAGUCGCAUGAGGAGUGCUGACAACGAAAUGCAGUGGGACAGAAUUAUGCAGUUUCUUCAGGAGCAGAGACCUGGAAAUCGACCGUGGCAGUCGUUGAUGGCUUUUAUACUUUCGAUAAUUGCAGUUUUUGCCGCUAUACAAUUCAGGAUACUUAUUAGCAAAGCGAUCAAUAGCGCAACCAACAUUAGCAGUCUCAACGUUACAGAACUGUACAACUAAAAAGCUGGUACUAUUUUCCCCUAUUACCAUUUGGUAUUAUUAAUUUGUUCUUCAAACACUGUUGCGUGUACAGCUUUGUUUUGUUAGUUCACUGUUAACCAAAGCUAAACCUUAGAAUUCUGAAAACUAUCUUUCUGUGAGAAAAUGCUUUGUUGCGCGAAUGAAGUCGAGACCUGGCACUAGAUAAAACCUUCUUAAUUUUGUUACGGCAUGUUUCUCUUUAUCAUCCAUAAUAUUCAAUUUUAAAUAGUAAAUAAUGUAAUUUUAUCAAUAUUAGUUGACUUCUUUUACGUUUUUUAUAUAAUUUUUUUAAGAUUAGGUGUCUAUUUUAUUUUUAUAGGAUUAUAUUUUUAUUAAGUGUGUUUUUUAACAGGUGUGUAUGUACAUAUCAUACGCAAAUCCCGUGUAUCGAUUACAUGAGUAUCUAUUUUUUUAUAAGAAACAGAACAUUUGGCUUAUUUUACUUCACAUGUUCACCCAAAAAUCAUUCUUAAUUUGUUUCGCAAAUUUGCAACAUUUUGACUUUGUCUUCUUAUUUUUAUCAAAUUAUAAAAAAAAGGAAAAUGAGUUUCUUUCUAUUAAUUAAACAAUUUCUAUUGCCGCGUUAGAACAAAAUAAUAGAUACAGGAAAAAGCUUGGCAUAGUCCUUUAUUCCUAAACCGAUUGCAAUAUGAAGGUGGAAUGAUGCUUUUUGACUGAUUUGGACAGGUUUUGACUUGAUAUGGAUAAUCGAAGAUAAUCUAGAAAAUGUGAUUAACAUGGACGAUUUUUUAUAUAUAUAAAAAAAUUAUUUAUCAUAUUCAACAGUAACACCAAGAAAUAAUUUAUUGGGCAUCUAAUUUUCAUAUAUAAAGAUGUUUUUUUAUGUUUGUGGGUUGUAAUUUUUGUUAUUAACGUGUAUAUAUUAUAUA